AUGGCGGAGCAGGAUGAAAGCAUUGGUUCCCAGAGGGACUUCAGGGACAGCAACACGCUGGCUGCACCCUCAGCAAACGGAAAGGGUCCAAAUUCGUCAACAGUGUCAAUUGCAAGCAGCGAUGGCGGCGACGACAUGAACAGAGACGGGGCCAUGGACUUCCUCAAGAGCCGCAAGAACUCGGAUGCCCGCAGCGACGCCUCGUCCUCGCACCGCCGGCGCAUGUCGAAGCUAUUCAAAGGACGAAAGAAGCGCAGAGCCUCUGGCAGCCAGGACGACCUCUCACAUCCAGACGCGGCCGACUCUGUUCCCCCUGUUCCCGAGCUCAAGCGGCCAAGCGUAGGCCAAAUGUACCAGAGCGACGAUUCCCUGGGUCUGGCAAAGAGCGUUGCAAGCAGUCUUCUGACGGAAGACUCUGAUGCAGAAUCCCCACCACCUCUCAAGCGCCCUGGCAUAUCACCACAUCAAUCCCACGCCGGUCUAUUGACCCUUUCCUCGCCGCUUAUAGCCUCCGAAACUCUAGAAUCCACAGACGCCGAUCAUGUCGCGCUCGUAGACCCCCUAGCCUCCACCGAGGAUCUGCCCGUUCGCCGCGCCAACACCCCCGACGCCCCCACGAACAAACGCGGAGUGUCUCCGGUUGGGAAGCUCAAGGAAGCUUUUGCGCCGAGUCGAAGGUCAACCACCCCUAUUGCCCCAAAAGGCAACGACGGUGAAAUCACAAGGCCAAGCACCAGCGGUGGUCUUGGCUCGCUGUUCGGAGGAAAGAGGCGUGAGACAAAGGGUGUAGACGAACCCCUCCAGGCCUCACCGCCACGCAUUCAGAUAGGAGACGAUACACAGGGAAGUCCGUUGCUCAGAGCCACGCAGCCGAAGCGCAUCAACACCCAGUUCAACACUCAGCUGAACACCGCGAACCUCAAUCCGUCUGAUGCACCCACAACCUUCAUCACACCCCCGACACCAAUCGAUGGAAGCGACCCUUCUCCUACCGAAUCGACCGCCUCCACCAACAGCGUAAAGCACACGCCGACCAACUCGAAUCCCAACGUAGUCGUGUCUCCCUCGGGGAACAUGAUAUCGCAUAGACGCGUGCGAUCAGCGACAAACCCACCAAGCAAGCUUUCGCAAUCGUCUAUACCACCACUCACUCCCCACAUCGAAGAAGCAAAGACCCCUGGAGGGACUGCUGUCGCCGCUCAGUCAUCGCCCGGUCCUGGCGGAUUUUUUGCUUCCAUAUUCUCGGCUGCGCAAAACGCUGCUAACAACUUGAGUGAUACAAUUGCAAUCAACGGGAACAACAAGAACAAGCCAAGCCAGCAGCCACAAAAGGAGGAGAUUGAGGCAGACGGUGGCGAGGAAGUUAUUGGGCCUGUAAACGCAGACACUACCGCAACCGACACGGAGACGCGAAGACCGGCUAUUGAAACACUUGGAUCUGGAAACUUGAGUUUGGCUCAGCUUGGACUUGCCGAAAGCAACGAAGUCGUUCCUAUGGAUUCUGCAGCAAACAUUGCCAUGAAGGCGGACGAGGCGUCAGCCAAGGUGGAGCACAAUGCUGCCGCCCAGGCUGUAUCGGCUGCGUACGCAGGAGAGAAACCACCGUCAAUUGCGGGUGAACGCCCGCGGUCGUUGACUGCAGUGUCUGCACAAUCCGCCCCGGGCGCUGGUUCUCCGCCACGGCAGCCGGAGAUUACCGAUUCACCAGCAUCGAUAGGGCGCCAGGGAAGCAUCCGCAGUCGUAUAAGCGGUGGCAGAGCGAGACGGCAUAGGGGCAGCUCCGCCGCUACCGGCAAUACACUGAGCAAUGUCAUAAGCGCAAGCACAUCCACACUUGCACCCAGUACGGCUUUGAAUAGCGCUCGUCUGAACGGCACAGGUUUUGCUGUUGCACCGCCGAAACGGAACAAGGACUUUCACAACCUAUUCAAGAGCGUGCCCGAAGACGACUAUCUGAUCGAGGACUAUAGCGCAGCCCUCCAGAAGGAGAUUCUGCUACAUGGGCGUUUAUAUGUCUCCGAAGGCCAUCUCUGCUUCUCCAGUAACAUUCUUGGCUGGGUCACCAACUUGGUCAUAAGCUUUGAUGAGGUUGUGUCUGUGGAGAAGAAGUCGACCGCUGUGCUUUUUCCCAACGCCAUUGUCAUCCAGACAUUACACGCCCGCAACGUAUUUGCUUCAUUCCUAUCGCGAGACUCGACAUAUGACUUGAUUAUUGGCAUAUGGAAGAUAUCUCAUCCAAACCUAAAGUCAUCUCUCAAUGGUGUCACGCUUGACGGUGCCGGUGGUACGGGCGACAAGACUGAAAAGGCAGAGUCUGUCGGCAGUGACGACGGUUCGCUGCAGGAUUCAGACGAUGAAGUUUACGACGAGGAUGCGGAAGAUGAUGAUGAAGCGGGCAGCUUCACUGAAGCCGGCGAGGGCAGUAUGGCUGGCAGCGAAGCAGGCUCUGUGGCCGUCGAGACUACGCGCAAGGUCAGCGGUGCAGUCGCACAGGCUAUUGGAGGUGGUGACACGAUCGAAGCUGCCAAGGCUGCAACAAACGGUGCCGCUUCUGCUGCGCAAGACUUCCCCGGUGGAACUGCACACGGACCGACCGAGUGUGGUGACAAUGACCAGCAUUACGAUAAACUGCUCAUCGAUACCACUAUUCCGGCUCCCCUGGGCAAGGUGUAUAGCCUGAUGUUUGGGCCCGCUUCUGGGGUAUUCAUGCGCAAGUUCUUGGUGGACGAUCAAAAGUCUCAGGACUUGCAAAUGGAAGAUGACAAGAAAGGCCUGGGCGAAGACAACAAGGCAUAUUCCUAUUCCUACAUCAAGCCGUUGAAUGCGCCCGUCGGACCGCGCCAGACCAAGUGUAAUAUUAACAUGAACCUGGAGCAGUAUGAUUUGGAGAAGGCUAUAAGUGUACAAUGCAGCACUGCCACUCCGGAUGUACCCAACGGAAGCAUAUUCCUUACAAAGACAAGGUAUUGCUUGAUGUGGGGUCCAGGAAAUAGCACGCGCUUGAUCAUGACCUUUACAGUCGAGUGGAGUGGCAAGAGUUGGCUGAAGGGACCUAUCGAGAAAGGUGCAAACGACGGCCAAAUGUCAUACGCCACAUCCCUCACGGCCGCUCUCCGCACUGCAGUGAGCGCCGCUAGACCCACAGCUAAGAUGCCAGGGAAGGGCGGAAAAGGCAAGAAACGCUCCAAGAACAAUCUCCUGGAGGAAGCCAACACGCCCAUUGCCGCUCCCACUCCCGCCAGCCAAGCCAAAGGAAGCGACUGGGGCCCAUUGGAGCCUCUACACAGUCUAUUGGGUCCAAUCGGCGACAUUGUAGGAUCCCUCAUCACACCCCAAAUCAUCAUCUUCUGCCUGGGAGCGCUGUUGAUGUACACUUGGUUCUUCCGCGGCACAACAACAGUAUCCGGUCCAAACCACUGGUCCACGGCCCAACGACACGUUGCAUACGACGAGCUCUGGCGUCACGAAGAGUCGGAACUAUGGAGCUGGCUUGAAGAGCGAGUCGCCUUAGCCAGAGUUCACUCUUCUGUUGCAGCAGCUCGUCAAUCCGAAACUAGCACCUCGCAGCAGGCCUCCAUCGCACCUGAAAACAUGAAGGAACGCGAAAUGGACGAGGCGAUUCGUAUCACCGAAGAGCGACUCCAGGCGUUGAAGGAGGCUGUGAAUCGUAAACGGGGUUCUCAGCAGUCGCGCACGAGGAGCCUGAAAGAAGAGCAGACGUGGGGGCUGUGA